AUGUUCACCAAGGCGACAAAGCUCUACCUGAAGACUCACUGGUACCGUUCGGAGCUCAUCCCCAUCUACGUUACCUGUGUCGGUGCCCUCGGUGUCUGCGGCUACUUUGCUUCCCGUGCUCUGAAGAGCCCCGAGGUCGUCUGGGACAAGCACAACAACCCCUACCCCUGGCUCCACGUCCAGCAGAACGAGAACGUCAAGCUUAUGGAUCCCAACGGUCGUUUUGAGAAGCAGUGGUCUCGCGAUAGACUCUAA